AUGUCCUCUCUGUGGUACUGCUGCGGAUGCAAAUUCGGCCCUCACAACUCGGCCCUUUACGACUCCUGCAUUAACUGCGGAUCGUACCGCUGUGAUAUGUGCGUGGAAGAGAAAGUCUCGGACCACCUGAGCAACCACAACCACACCCACUGCCACGAGACUUCACCGUACCCGUCCGUGGCCCCAGCUCACACAGCCCACACACUGUCUCUCAACACGAGGCCGACUAUCCCGGUACCAGACCUGCCCGGUGUCCGCCCAUUAUACCGGCCGACCCCGACUGUGCUCGGGGCGCCUCUAGGUGCCCCGUCACAACAAUAUUCGCAGACAUACAUGUACAUCUGCUGCAACUGCCAGGAUGGACCAAAGGUUUACAACGUUCAGCCUGUCUGUGUCGUCUGUGACCAUGCUGCCUGCGGAGAUUGCACCAACGUCAAGUGA